AUGUAUUUUCGGAUGAAGAGUCAAAUUUUGAAGAUUUUGGAUUUUCCUGUGAAAAAAUUGGUUGAUGUCGGAAUUGGCAAAUCUUUGAAUGGGCUAGAGCAAAUUAGUGUUUUAAAGUGGGGUCAAAGAUAUGGUGGGUUGUUGAAGAAUCAUGAUGUUUUAGAAGAUGUUCUGGAACGGGCUCUAAGUAACCUAAACACAUCGCAUAUUAUUGAUUCGAACCCAAAAAGUGCACACUUUCUUUACUUUACCCAAAAGGUGCACGAAACCCUAAUUCCAUCACUCCCGCCACUGGCCCCGACAGUGGCAACCGCCGCCGCCGCUCCUUCUCCCUCCGUCACAGCACUCCAUUCUACAGCCGCCCCACCACCACUUCAACGCCAGUCCAACUCGCCCCACCACCAGAACAAGCCAAAAUCAUCAUUCUUAAACCCUAACCCCAACCCUAGAGCCCAACCGCCUACAGCUCAUCCCUUCGCGUGUAUCCCAGCCUCCACCACCUCUUCUCAGGCCACCCCACCCCCAACCACCCACACUUCAAUCUACAUACUCCCUUGCCUUGCCAUGGAGCCCGUUUUUGAAAAGAAGAAGAAGAGAAAGCGUAGGAACCCUGACACGUCACCUUCCUUACCCAUCGGCACCUCCUCCUCCUUACCCGUUGGCAUCAGGCCCGCUGCCGACUCCUCCUCCUCCUUACCCGUUGACACUCACACCUCCUCUUCCUUACCCCUCGGCAUUGACGCCUCCUCCUCCUUCCCAAUCGAACUAUUGUGCUCAUACACCAGUGACAGGAUCGAGGAGUGUGCGAUGCCGAGAAGGGACGGAUCUUGCUCCAUGUCCAACACUCAGAGAGCCAGCCUCAACAAAGAUGUCACCUUCCUCUUCUUUGAAAAUUUUGAUCGUCUUUCCGACUUGUUGCACUGUUUGAACGAUCUGGAUCACCCAAACAUUCCCAAAGUACGUGCAGCCAUUGAUGAGCCAGAGCCUACAUUGGUUGUUGAUCGGAUUGCCUCGGUUCCCGUGAAAAAAUGGCUUCAUGAAGCUGGAAGGUGGGAGAUGUGGACGGUGGAUUCAACCGGGAGCCAAUAUACGGAACUUGAAGAAAAACAUAAAAAAGUGUUCAGGUGUAUUUCUAAAACAUUGGCUUAUCUUCAUACAAGGCAGCGUUGUCAUGGAAAUCUGUUGGAGGGCAUUUGGGUGACAGAACCGACAGAGAACGAUGUUUGCGUAUCGCUUGCAAAUUUUGAUACGAGUAUCGGUAACCUUUCUAAUCCAACACCGGUCAAAGCCAGUCGUUUAAAAAAUUAGAUUUUAAACAAAUAGUUUGUUAAUAUUUUCUUUUGUUGGGGAAGCUGCCUUGUUAUCAACUAUUUAAAUAAAUAGACUUAUUCCACUAAAUUUGUCAAUUUGUUGUUGAUUUCCAAUAGAAAUAUAAUACGAUAUAAAAUUUAAAAUGGGUUUUUUGUUUUUAAAGUUCUGAAUGAGUUUCUGUGUUUAGGAUGGGAUUUGUUUUCACAUUUAGAAAGGGUUUCAUUCGUGAUUUUGGAUUUUGGAUUUCCUUUUUUAGUUGUGCCAACUGCCAAGGAACUGCAUCAAAUGCUUACUGAUGACUCUUAUCAUUUUUUUUUAUAUGUUCAAGUCUAUGUUAACAUAAUUGACUAUAUGUCACUGAUACUAAUCCAGAUGUUAAUAGAUAAAUGCAUGUUCUUGACAUUUGUUCAGUUUCAUUAGAUAUCAUUUCUUGUACGUCAUUUUUUAUGGAAGAAUCUUUUUGUUAUGUGGAUAUGCUGAUACAAUAUAAAAGAAUGUACCUUACGAUAAAGUUCGUUUGUUUGUUAUUCGUCAUUUUUUUUUUUGCGUUUCGGUUUCUUCCCAACUGCUGAAUAAAAUCAGAACUGGGUGGCACCAAAGUUAAAACUGGAAAUAGAGAAAGAUAAUAUGGCAAUGUCAGCCAUAUACAGGGGGCCCUUGUAUUUAUUCAAACAAAAAAAAAAAGUUAGAUGGAAUCCUGUUGAAGGAAAAGAGUUGGCAUUUAGACCAAACAAUUAAAAGAAAACUUAUUUACUUCGUUAAAUCUUCAGUUUUGAAAACUUCUUCAGCCAUAAAUGAAAAUAUGAUGUUGCUUCAUCUUCAUGUUAAUAUAAAAUCUAUGUUGUUGAAGAAAAGGACUUCUGCUCCUUUUGCUGCUCAAUAUGUCACUAUGUGAUGUUGACCAUAGUAAAUUUGGUCUUAUUGCAUGAUUGUUCACUUACGUCCUCACUGUUUGGCCUUUUGAUGCUUGCAGGUUUAUCAACAUGGCUUUGCUGUAGUGAAGGUGCCCCAGAACAUUUUGAAGGGUCCAAGUUUGUUGCUAAUGAGAUUUCCAGACUUUGGCAGCUCAUAGUCUUUGCUAAUGCAAACCAAUUAGGGUUUUAAACGACUUUUUAACUUGCUUGAGACUCAUCGAGGUCCAUCAGGAAAAACCUUUUUGUGACUUGCAUUAUGUUAUCCGCAUGAAGAAUGUUGACAUUGGUCAGAUUCAGAUGAUGAAGUCAAUCUGAGCCUUCUUGAAUAUGGAAAAUUGCUUUCACUUUCACCUAAUCCUGUAGGUGGUAAUCAGAAUUAUCGACACAGUCCUCUCUGUAGCAUAGAAGGUUCUGUGCUUAGUUCUGGAAGCAUUGCAUCAAGUUGUCUUCUGUUGUUGAUGAACUGUUUGAGCUUGAGAGAGUCACCUUCUCCUUCUUUUUCUACUCACAGCCUCUCUAUAUAUAUGUUGCUUUGCAUUUUGGCUCUUUCCCGAUUAAGUUUCGAAAUAUAAAAAGCUGGAACCUUCUCUUCUAAGUGGGUGGGAGGAGCACCGAUAUCACACAUCAGCAACGUUCCUGAAGCUUCUAGUGGAUCUCCCCGUUAUAAUGGGUCUAUUUAUUUCUCAAGAAAUUUGAAGGGCAUCAUACAGACUAGUCCUGUCAGGUCCCCAUCUUCUGGUCAAGUAAGGAGUUCAAUAUUGGAGAAACUAUCUUCUUCGAAGUCUAGCCAGAGUUCAGUUCUCUAAGAUCUCUAAACUCUUCUGAUUCUUCUGCCGCAAUAGAUGGAGAUCAUUUCGCUCAUUAUCCCUCCAAGACAGACGGGCCCCGGGUAUCUGUGCCAUUGCUAAACCAAAUGAGCCCAUGAACUCAACAACUGGGACUGGAUGCAUUUAAUUUUAAGGUUUCUGGAUCUAGCUCUUGGGCUACAACUACUCCCAAGGACCAGAUUUUGCAGUUAGUCCUAGCUCAAGUAUUGAUGCUGUAUGAGACAAGAUAAAAGGUCAUGAAAGUGUCAGAGAUGUUGAUUUCAUUUCCAUCACUUGUACAAGACCAUUCAUAUUUUUGUGAGAGCAAAAUCACUGAAUCGGGGAUCAUGUAACAGAAUUCACCGCAGACACUCUUUUCAUUGAAGAUGGUUGGCAGAACCGAAGGUUACAGUUAUGGAAGUCUAAUUGCCGAAGCGAAUAGAGAAAUUGAAGCUUCUAGCAUGCAUGUUUCAGCCCUUCUUCAUAUUUUGAGGAACUGCUCACUUUGUAUCAAGCAUGCUCGGCUAACUAGCCAGAUGAAUGCUUCUUGGCAUUCAAUAUGUUGACGAAGUGGGGAUUAAAUGCAUCCUCAAACUAAUAGUUCGGACUCCCAUUUGCGAGAUGUGAUACAUGGAAACAUGUUUGCAACUUGGUCAAUGCGGUAGCAUGUAUUGGGAUGUAAAAAUAAAUGACGCAUACUUCAGGCAAUCAUGGGAACUUCAGCAGUGAAGCAAUCUAUUCCAAUUGGUUCUCACCAUAUGGUUCUUGAGUUUAUAUUGCCAUGUAUGUGACAUGGAUUCUCGUAUCCAUUAUGAUCCUGAAGGUGUCGUUCUGAGUUAUCAUUCUGUCAACGCAGAUGGCAUAAACAACUUAGUUGCAGGUAUUCAUAGGCUCUGUAAUGCUUGAAUGUUUGCGCUAGGAACACGGAAACUGCUUGGAGUAAGACCAGAUGAGAAAUUAGAAGGCGGCGAUGGCCGCGAUGCAAACUCUGAUAGUAAAGGCCCACCUGGUGAGACUGCUGCAAUAUUUACUUGUGCCAGCUUGCAUUGCGGAUUUAUUUGUUAAACCACGAGAAAGUCUGGCUGUUAAUCUGAGUAAAGAACUUGUACCUACCGAUGGAGAUGAACCAAAAGAUGGCAUGCAGAAGAAGAAAAAGGUGGGAUUGGAACCAAUUCCAAAACCUCUCAAGAUUGUCCGCAUGGUUAAUCUAUAUGUUGUGUCCCUGUGGGUGGUCAUGCCUUAAAUGGGGUUGCUGAGAUUCACAAUGAUAUCAUAAAGGAGGUGUUUAAUGGAUUUUAUAAGCUGCUUACAUAUGGCAGAAGAAAUCAAUUCACAGAAUUGUUUGCCACGAUUGAAGCUGUAUAUGCCAGCACAAUCAAACGUAUUGCUUUUUUUUUGAGCUUUGACCUGGUAAGGAUGGAUGCAUCCCGCUGGUAAUUGCAAACUGCAUGUGGAGCUACGAUACGAGAGGGACGAAUGUUAGAACUUGGAUUGGUGUCUCUCAUUUUGUGGAUAUUUGUUUCGAGUCGUUUCUGGUCUAUGUUUGGUCUUUGCCAGAUGUUUUCGUCUCUGUAACAGGACCUAUCUAGGGUUUGGCUGACUAGAAUUGGUUCAGGCGCAGCACCUACUGGCCCCAUUGCUGGGUUCUUUUCCAUAUUAUUUUCUUAUUUGCUAUUCCUCAACCUUCUUAACCUUCUCAUGUGGUCUAAAAACAGUAGUAGUAUUUUUGUUCUUAAAACUAUGAAAUUCCUGUUUGAGCUCC